AUGCCGCUGGUGCGCUAUCGGAAGGUCGUGAUCCUGGGAUAUCGCUCUGUGGGUAAAACAUCCCUUGCACACCAGUUCAUUGAUGGGGAGUUUGUGGAGUGUUAUGAUCCUACAGUGGAAAGCACUUACAACAAAAUGUUGAUGCUGGGAAAGGAUGAAUUCCAUCUGCAACUAGUGGACACUGCCGGGCAGGAUGAAUACACGAUCUUGCCUCACUCAUUUACCAUUGGCAUUCAUGGCUACGUGCUGGUGUAUUCCGUUACAUCUCUCAAGAGUUUUCAAGUGGUAAAGUCUUUACACAGCAAGUUAUAUGAAAGCAGAGGGAAGACAAGGAUGCCGGUAGUGCUUGUUGGCAAUAAAGCUGAUCUGUCUCUAGAAAGCCGUCAGGUGAAGACUGAUGAAGGCCGGAAGCUUGCCGAUUCUUGGGGCGCCGUGUUCUUGGAAUCCUCAGCAAAAGAAAACCAGAUGACCCAAGGUGUUUUCACCAGGAUCAUUGAGGAAAUCGAUCGUGUGGACAACUCCUACGGCGAACAGCGCGGCUGCAUCCUGAUGUGACGAUCCUCCUUUUCCCCUGCCGGAAGCCGUUCUGCUGGUGGGAGGGGGUGGGGUGUCGAGAGCCAGGCCAACUCAGGGCGGGCAUCGCAAUUCCCGAGAGGCCCUGAAGAGCAGGUCUGGAAUAGCUUACGGGUAAUCCACACAAACACAGUAUACCUCAUUGCUCGUCCUCUAUACAAGACAGCUACGUUUUGCACAUUUGUUUGCUGGAAGCAAUCUGUAUGUAUAUGUGUAUAUGUGUGUAUAUAUAGAUAUAGAUAUGUAUUGCCAAAUGUUUACAGAACCGGGAGGGUGUGGGAGCACAACAGGAUCUAUUUAUGUUUUUUUGAGGGAGGAGCUCUUCUGUAUAUUUAUAACCAUUGAAUAGGUGCACAUGUUUACACAGAGAGGUGUCUGUUCACUAUUCAGCGCAAAGGAGAGGGAGCUGAAUGUAAGUUUUUCUCGGCGGGAUCCAUGGAGAGGGGCCGAUUCUCUGGUCUGUAGUUCUCCUUCCGCGGCAGCUGUGAACUCUUGUCCCGGGAAUGCAGUUGGGUUUUUCAGCCGUGCCUCUUGCAAGUCGUUGCCUUAUUUUUGGCGGGGGAAGAUUUCAAGCUGCAGACUGGAUCCAAAAGUGGACUAUUUUCCUCAGCUUCCGUUGGAGCGCUGGGAGGCGUGAAGUGGCCGUUAAGUCAACAAGGCCCACUAAACUUUAUUAUUAUUAUUAUUAUUAUUAUUCUAUAUAUAUGCAACUAAAAGCAAAGUUCUUCUUUCGGGGCCAGACGGAGGGGGGGAAACCUCUGAGUUGGUCAUACCGAUUCAGACGCUAUUGCAUUUACUUUCUCUCUAAAGCAAGAGGAAGCCGCCUAGCUUAGUAUAAUGAACAAAGGUAAAACGUGAGAGGUUGCUCUAAACCCUUGAAAUGUCCCACACCUUGCUUGCAACUCUGCAUAUUUUCGGGGCGGUUCUCUAAAGCAAUGCAAAUGCUUUUGUUAGGAAGGUCUUCUGUUAACACUGAUGAGUGGUUGCCCGCCUUGAGCAGCCUUUAGCCUCGGUUCAGGCAUCACAGGGCAACCCUGAACAUCGUGCGAUGUUAGGUUUUUUUUUUUUUAAGGAGGCUCUUAAAUGAGUUCCAUUCUGUGGGAUCUAAGAAAUUGGCUGCCCUCCUCCCCCCUCUAGACUGAGCACAAAUAGCAUAGCUGUGACUGCCUUUUGCUCUGCUCUGUCGACAGAACCAAGCAGGAAACACUUGGGCACCUAACUUGAAGUAGGCUAGGAACUGAAGGGGAUGCAAACCGUAGUCCAGGCUUCCUCAACCUCGGCCCCUCCAGAUGCUUUUGGCCUACAACUCCCAUG